AUCAACACGUAUAAAUCAUUUUGUAUAAAGGCUUUGAUUACAUUUCGAAAUCAUGCGUUUAAACAAUGGGUUUCCUUUCUAUGAGCAACAUGAAUGGCAUAAACAAUCCGAGGAUAUUCAAUAUCAAUUAUACAGUUAAUUUAUGUGGCGUGAAUAGAGCGCACCCUCGCCGUCGUCCGAAAUCCACCACCGUUCGAAUGUCAACAAUAUGCUGUUCGCUUUUCCAUGUACAAUGGCGUUUAAAAAUAAUUUAUCGAAUUUCGAAAUCCCAUCGGUCGCGUAGUAAAUCAUCGAAAACGCGGGACUAUUUUAAUUUGCCCGUAUCGAAACAAUUUGCCUAACGCUCUAAUGGAUUCGUACUGUCGAGUGGCAGAAAAAAAAUCAUUCGAUCAAGCAUCUAAAUCAUCCACACGCAGCAUCGAAAUUCAUAAAACUCGCGGCUCUAAAUACGCGAUAAACGCUUUACAUUGACUACGUACAAAAAUAAAGUCUCGAAACUUUCUUCGCGAACAUUAAAGAUACCCGCCACGUUCCCGUUAUUACACUUUAACAGAUCUCCAGCUCGACAUUUUUACAUUCCGACCGUUUUUCUUGCAUGAAAAUUAGAAAAUAUUGACACACGUCUACUGCCAAUCGUACAGCGCAAAUCCUUGUGCAUAACGUACGAGUUAUAUAAUGAUCAACGAGAACGUAAAAAUUUCUCGAUACACUUUUAUACAUCUUGUCGACGGUAAUAGAUAGCAAGUUUAUUCCGUGGAAUUUUGUUGCGAAAAUUGCAGAGAGGGUAAAUUUUUAGUGGAACGCCGUCGACGAGGGGUUUGAAGAUAGACACGAGAGCGAGGGAGGGGCCCCGAACGUCGAUGGUACGGUCCUGCGUGCCGUGCCGUCGUGCUAGAGUGCAGGUGGGCCGAGGUCCGACGGAAACGGCCGAGCGCGCGCUCGGGGGAAAACCGAGCGGCGGCACUCGACGAGUACUGUUGUCAGAGUAUUCAGUAAUGCUUUGCAUGGCCAGCCAGCCGUUAGUGGGCUUGUCGGUGAGAGUCGUGUCGUUCACUCGAAGUGAUCGUGUGGUGUUACCCGACGAGCCAGCCAGGCAGUAUCCCGUAACUCGAGUUGUACGAGCAAAACGGAACGACGAGUCGAUCCGGCACUGUGAGUGUAUUUCGUGAGACUGUGAAACGGAAAACGAACAGAGCGUUUUUACGGAGCGUACACCGACGGUGUGGAGCUUCGAUUUCACGUACUGUUUCUUCACUGAAAACAAAAAACCAUCGCGCUACACUGUGUAUGGUACACGAGCGAACCAAGAUGCUGUCGUCAGUGCCAGCGAAAUAAUAAUGUGGUGCGACGUUGGUCAGAGUUGUGCAAUGAUGGGUCUGCAGGCCACGGCAGGAAAACGUAAACUGGAGGGAGGUGUGGGCUGCAUGGAGUUCGACAUGGACAUGGGCGAGAGCCCAUCGAAGUUAGGUCGGGUGGAGGGUAGCUGGUGGGCGAUGGAGGACAGUUAUACGCCCCCGCUAAGUCAAACGCCGGCAUCUUAUUACGAUAUGGAAGUAAAUUCGCCCUGCCUGCAGACAAAUCCUUGUCAGCCGACAUCGGCGAGUUCUCAACAGCAGCAACAGCAGCAGCAGCAGCAACAACAACAACAGCAACAUCAGGCGUCGCAGCAACAGCAGCAGCAGCAGCAGCAGCAACAGCAGCAGCAACAGCAAUCGUCGACGCCGACGUCAGCGCCACCGGCGUCCACGGUGGCGCACUUGCAUCAUCAUCCGCAACAUUAUUACCAUCAUCAACGCGGACCGAGCAGUCCUGUCGGUAACAACGGUUACAGCCAACUGUCGAGGCCUCAACCGCAAUGGGGAGCACCUCAUCAUUACGAGCCGCCGACGAUACGGCGAGAAGAGAACGGAAAGAGUUAUCUGGAGCUUGGCUCGAGUUACCGGGCGAACGAGAGGUGCUGCGAAGGCUCAAGGUCGAGCUGGUGUCGACGAGGUAGAGCCUGUUACAGACAAAGGCGACUCGCAGUCCUGAACAUCUCGAUGUGCAAGCUGGCGAGGUAUCGCCAGUUUCCGGAUCCCAGCCUUCAUCGAUCGGUCCUGAUCUGCAAUACACUGAGGCACCUGGAACGCGAAAUGGAGAGAGACAGAAGUCCACCGCCCAUGGAGCCGGUUAUACCGGCCCCGAUUGCUCAGCUUCAACCUCCUGAGCAGGGUAGGUUAACUCCUUUCCCGAUGCCACCAACCUCCUCGAACGAGACCGACGCUGACUCCGGCAUCGGUGACAGCGACGACAGUCGCUCGAUCAACUGGGGGAGCGUGUUGUCUCUCUCGAGUCAAUCGCCUUUGGACCCGCUGAACAACAACGAGUUACUAGACGUAGAUAUCGGUCCGGACCUAGAUCUGGACUUCAUGCCUGGGUGGAAGUUGACGCCCCUGUCCGCGGACGACAUUCUGAGGAGUACGACGGCGCAGGAGCAACAACACCAGCAGCACCAACAGCAUCAUCAACAUCAACAGCAACAGCAACACCUAACCUCGGCCAGCGGUAGCUGCGCAAGCAGCAACGUGGGCGGUGUCUGCGUCAGCACUGGCAGCACCAGUAGUACGCACGAGCCGUUAAUGUGUGUUGGAUCAUAGCCCCCGAUUUUGACAUCGUUGAGUCAUCUCAUCGAUUUUUAUCCGCUAAUGCCGCAGAGCAAGUAAAAGCGCCAGCACCCCGAUUCGUAGGGUCGGGAUGCAGAGACGACGUGUAGUCGCCCUCUCUCGAGUGCGCAACGCCUGGUCGGCGAUUCUACGGGAGGUCUUCUUUUUCUUAUUUGUUACCGUUUGUGUCAAUUACGCACCGAUCGAUUACCUCGGUUACGUUCUACUUUCCACAAACGACACCACCAUGGCUCUGCUCCCUGAGGGAGAGGGAUACGCGUCGGGUACGCUGGGCUCGCAGGUGCAAUCGGUACACGGGAUUCACGGCACUUUGGAAUUCGUUUCGAACAAAAGCGAGGUGAUUAACAAUUUUCAUACCGUACGAGUACCCGAACUCGCGUUGUUCCAAAGAUAUCUUUUGAUAUAGCGUUUCGUAAUUUCAUCUAAUGUAAUUAUGCGAUUUUUAUCUAUUACAAACGUAUUAGAGUCUGUUUAUAACUGUUUACGUUUUUUUACAUAUUAUGUACAUACUUGUGUUAUACGUUUGAGAAACAUUCGAGGAUUUAUAUUUUAUUUAACGCACAACGCGAAGUCGGGUCCUCCGUCGUAUCAACCACCUCCAGAAGCAUAUUACAUCGAAACGAUCUGUUUUUGCAGCUGCACCUGCGAAUUCAGUGGCACACGUAUGAGUUCCCGAGUUCUCGACACGUCAGACAGAGAGACAGAGAGAGAGAGAGAAAGAGAGAUCGAGAGAAAGAAUGAGAGUGAAAGAGAGAAAGUGAAAAGUCUCAGAGCUUUCAACGUUCACGCCCCCGAGCCGGCGAUACGGUAGUAUGCAGGACGUAGCCUGUUCUUCAAGUUUUUUUCCGAACAUCAACGAAAACGGAACGAAACUAGUAUGCCGGACAGGAAAGAAAAUCUUCAUCCAUUCUGGGUUUCGUUCGAAUCAUCAUCUUACCAAAUACACGACAGUAUCGCUUGCCUAGCCGGCUGGCGUUGAGAACUCUUCGGCGAUGUCUCGACGUUGUUCGCGACAACCAAUCGAAAUGGGGGAGUGUCCAUCGAUCGAUGUUUCCUCUGUGGAUUAGAAAGACACUAACCAGGCGACGAUCAAUUAAUGCCAUACGCUUUUAACACAUUCAUGGUUCACACUUACCACACAUAAGACGUAACCGCCGUGGCCUAUAUUAUAUACACACAUAUGGACAUACACACACACACACGUACAUUGACACACAUACACGUUUCGUACAUAAAAAAAGUCGAUAUGGUGCUAGGACGAUUACACCCUGGUGCUUAAGUCUGUAUACACAAAGCCAUGUGCGUAAAUUCGCACGGAUCGCCCGGCAGUCUUCGUCGAGGAGUCUAGAUACGUCCUGACGUCGUGAACAGGACACGCGGUUGAUCGAACGUAUUUCCAUCGAGGUGUUCGUUACCGAAGAGUUAACACCAAGACUCGUUCCUGGAUACAAAAAUGAUUAUAGAAAAUGUUAGCGGAUGGAAAUACGCUCGAGGGAAUGCACUCUGUGUUCUGGCGCACGAUGCUAACAAAUGUACCUGCAUUUUAGAGAUCGGGAUAAUGCCGGUCCCUUCGGGUCGUCGCACGUUGGCCAUUCUGCGUCACUGAUCUCCCGUUAUAUCUACUAUAUGCUGUUGUACCGUGGAGUCCUCCGCAGGAUAUAGUCAAAUGCAAAGUACAAAUAACACGACACGAUACAACACUUCAUUUACAAGUAUGUGCUAUUACGAAAAGGCAGCCUGGACAUCACGAGACUUAUGGACAGCUUUUCUAACUGUCCGUUCUUAAUGACCAAUCUUUGGCCAAACGUUAGCCAUCUUAAGUACUUGAUCGUUUGAAAUAAUCUUUAGAUUCAUAGAUUUUCACGUACUGGAUCUUUCAAGAUAGUUUAAUUUCUUUCGAUCCUUUGUCUCACAGAAUAGAACUUAAAUUUUAAAUGUGGAAGGGUCCAGAGGUGCGCUGCCAUUUUGAGUUUAGCAUGGCUUGGAGCACCAAUACUUAAGAUGGUUCUUGUGCCUUAGAGCGUCAUACGGUCUUCUACCACCAUAGGUGGUGCACAUGGCACCUUGGUCACAAAAGUUCAAAGACGUUUCAGUGUCCAGGACCUUUUCAUAGCUUUUCGUACGCAAGAGAACUCUCUUGUGUUAUAAAGAUUCAAAGAGCCGUUUCACCUUUCCUUUAUUGCCAAAAACAAUCAGGUUUUCGUACGCACCAAACUCCGUCCCUUAUCACAUCUGUACCGAGCAGUUUUUCAUACUUUUCUCAUUCAUUUGCCUGCCUUAAACUUAGAAGUCUGGCAAAGGAAUCUGAAAUCACACUAAACUAAGGCCUACACUACAUCUAGACUAAAUCCUGUCGUAUUUACGAUACUGCAGUGUUGUAUAAAAUAGAAUGGCCGGCGUGCAGAGACCGAAGACGAUCGUUUACUCGGAGUCUGUAACGGAGAGAUAGUUCAAACUCGACGAGGACAUACUUCGCGAAGAGAAACGGCGAUCCGCGCGCGAUCUCGUCCUCAACGUCCACUAACCGAACCCAACAGAGCAGCUAUACUUAAAAUGGAGGUUAAGCGUUUUAAGCGAAACUAAUGAACGGUCAAGCGAUAUAGUAAUUUAUAAAAAUCGACUGAUUACUUAUGCGAGAAAACAAGAGACACCAUACUGGUUAUGUAACGAGAGUUGAUUUAAACCUGUAAUUCCAUGUUAAGCUGACAUGUAUACAAUGCACGCACACGUACAGACACACAUACACAGAUACAGAGAGACAUAUGUGAUACGAGACAAUUUUGUACAUGAGAAAUAACGAUAGCUACUUCGAUGUAUAUAGAUACACGUUAAGCCGAAUAAUUGUUGACGCGAACUUUCGACAAUUUUGAUAUCCGUUCUGAUGUUCCGUUUAUCGUUCAAAAUUCUAUAGAUUCACUCAUUCGGUUCUAUGAUUUUUCUACGAAACAACGAGCAAUAUAUCUCUGUUGAACCGAGUCACUUGAUGAGACUUCUCUUCAUUUUGCUACUAUUUGUCUAUGUUUGUGCUUUACAUAUUUACACCCUUCGUCACAACGAAGUACAGAGAAUUGGAAAAAUUCAAAUCAAAGUGCACAAGAGUCUUCUCGUCAGGUUUCUUGGGUAUGGAAUGUCAACAACACAGUCAUACACACACAAACACAUACACGUGCACGAACGAACGAAAUUGGACCUGUGCAUUUGACGCAAACCAUUUCGAAGCGUUUUUAGGUAAAGAAACGUUGUUUUCUUGCAUGGUACCGAAGAGCGUGAACGUGAAAACGUGGAACGCACGAGGCACACUUAACGCACGUUAGAUUGUUAAAAAUAAUUCGUCCAUCGCGUUGAGGCGCCUCGAGCCUGCCAUUUUGUAUUUCGCGAUCGCAGCGCUACCUCAUUCGGUUUGGUGUUCCAAGUUCGCAACACGAAAAGGCGACCUCGCAUGUGUUUCUUCCGAUGCACGCCAGUUGAACAAUCUCGAACACGGAAAAGCAACGAUCGUAUGCUGCAUCUGUUUAGGCCAGUGAUGGGCAACCACCCGCAAGAGCAAACAAAUGUGCAACGUGCACUCGCCGCGCAAAUAUUGUACUCUUAUAUUUCCAAAUGCGGGCUGCGGAUCGUUGGCAAUAUAGCAAGAGAUAUGCAGCCUUUGUAGAUUUUUAUACAAGGAAAUUUAUAGAUUUGUGAACUUGGAGAUUUAUACGUUUCUAAAUUUGACAAUU